GCGCUGUGGUAGCUUUCGGGUGUGCAGUGCAUUUCCUAGGUUAGGUUUCUCCGUCGUGACUGGUUAGCGCCACAGACAUCUUCCUCCGGGUUCCGCGCUUGUUGGCCUCUGACGCGGGGCUAUCCGUUUUCCGCCCGGCUCAAUCUUUGUUACCAUUAGUCCCCUCUGCACGCUGAGUGAUGCUGUUACGGGGCUCCGGAACCGCAGGACCGUGGGGGUGGCUGACGCUGCUGCUGGUGGCCUGCGCGGCACGGGCAUCUGAGAUCACUUUUGAGCUGCCUGACAACGCUAAGCAAUGCUUUUACGAGGAGAUUGUUCAGGGCACUAAGUGCACCCUCGAGUUUCAGGUGAUUACUGGAGGUCAUUAUGAUGUUGACUGUCGGUUGGAAGGUCCUGAUGGUGCUGUAUUAUACAAAGAGAUGAAGAAACAAUAUGAUAGCUUCACAUUUACUGCAUCCAGAAAUGGAACAUACAAAUUCUGCUUCAGCAAUGAGUUCUCUACUUUCACACACAAAACUGUGUACUUUGAUUUCCAGGUUGGAGAAGAUCCACCACUGUUUCCUAGUGAGAACAGAGCAACUGCACUUACUCAGAUGGAGUCUGCGUGUGUUUCAAUUCAUGAAGCUUUGAAGUCUGUCAUUGAUUAUCAGACUCAUUUCCGGUUGAGAGAAGCACAAGGCCGCAGCAGAGCAGAGGAUUUAAACACAAGAGUAGCCUAUUGGUCAAUAGGGGAAGCAAUCAUUCUUCUUGUCGUUAGUAUUGGGCAGGUAUUUCUCCUCAAAAGCUUCUUCUCGGAUAAAAGAACCACAACAACCCGUGUUGGAUCAUAACUGGUAGUGAAAAUGCUUCAGGUCAUUGUGCUAUUCACUUGUGAAAUUACUGUUCUCCAAUUAAUUGUAGGUACAAAGGAACUAAACAUGAAACAUCUAAAUGUCUACCCCUCCUCAUUGAUUAAAAUCACAAAACAUACCCCAAAAGUUAUGAAAGGGACACCCAAUUUGAAAUAUAGAGUAAACUUAACGUUUUCCGAUACUUGUAUUAAGUAUCUGGCAAUGACCAGCUUCUCUUUAGUUUUGCUGAUUUUAAUCCAAAUUGAGUUUGACUCCACCAAUAAGAUUACCCAUCUGUGGUAUAAUGCUUUAAAAGAACCCAACAAUGUAGUGUCUGACGUGAAAGACAAUACUCAUGAAAACUUGAUUUGACUUUAAUUUUCAGGUUGAAUGUAUUGGAUUAUAAACAAGCUAAUGUGAUGAACUG